CCUUGUCCUGCAUCGCCAACCCACCCACAUCACCAUGUUCGGUCCAUUUCGUCUCACAAACCCGCUGUCGGGUGGUCUGCUAUGGAAAGUUCCGUGGCGCCUCUCUCGACACCAAAAGUACCGCCAGCGCGGGCGUCUUCGGCACGUAGACACCAUCGUCAGCACGCUCGACACCGCACUUCGGCGCAUGGGACAGUCAAUGAAGAAGGUGGAGAGGUGGAAGAUGGAGAUGCCUACUGAGCAGGAGAUGCUGCCCAAGGAUAAAUACACCGUGUUUGAUCGCAAGGUGAAGCGGUACAGGAAGGGAAUACACAAGGUACCAAAGUGGACGAGAGUCAGCCAGAGGCUCAAUCCUCCUGGUUUCUAGGUGGGUUUCGCAACGAGAGGCGGUCGAUCAGUGUACACUAUCUGUCAUCACACAGUCUGCAUUACAUGGCGCUAUUGUGCAAAGGGAAUACACACGAUUUAACUUCAAUCUUACGCGGAAUACGUGCUCCUUCUGACCAUCGAGUCCAUGCCUUGCAUUUGGCGAUGCGGUUUCAACCACUGUCCUCUCGUAAAACAUUUUGAAAUUAGCGAGCUAGUCAGUAUUUCUGCCUCAUGCAUAUUCUAGAUCAAAAGCACUCGCACGUUAUUUGAUUCUAGUAUUUGUCCAAGGACUUGUCACCUAUUCUUUUUCUAAACAUUCAACAUCAUCCUCCAAAUACGCGUCCAUUUUCCUCGGCUCGUGGCUC